CUACUUUUCACGUUCUCUUUAAAAUAAAAUUUUGAAAUGACUGCAGCAGAGGAUAUUGUGGAAUCGGAAGUAGAAGAUAACGUGGAACCAGAACCAAGUGGUUCAACGGUAAAAUCUAAAAAAUCCCCAAAAAGAGGAAUAAUUUAUUUAUCCACCAUUCCACCUUAUAUGAACGUUUCAAAAAUAAGGGAAGUCUUCAGCGAAUUUGGUACUGUAGGGCGGGUAUAUUUACAAUUAGCAGAACCAGAUCCAAAACCAGGGGAAAAGAAGAAAAGAAAGAAAGUAGCACGUAAAUUCACGGAAGGAUGGGUAGAAUUCGAGAAAAAAUCCGUAGCCAAAAAAGUGGCUGCACAUUUAAACAAUCAACAAGUGGACUCAAGAAAAAGAUCGAAACAAUUUGACAGUAUAUGGAAUAUUAAGUAUUUGAGCAACUUCAAAUGGCCCCAUCUACACGAAAGAUUGGCGUAUGAAAAAGCGGCAAGAAGACAGAAAUUGAGGGCUGAAAUUACGUUGGCAAAGAAGAAAACUAACUUCUUUACCUCAAAUUUGGAUAAAAAGAAAAAAGCUAAACAGUUGGUUAACAAGGAGACAGAAGGGGUGAAGAAAACUGAAAAAAUGGAUACUGAAGAAGCACCUGAAGAAGAUAGGGAAGAAUUUCUACAAUCAUUGUUUACAUAACAUUAAUUUUUUAAGGACAAUUUGUAAAUAUUUUUUUAUAAAAUAAAAAAAGAAAACCACAUUAUUAAUUUAUUUAUUUACAAAAACAACUACUGUUUAACACUUAUUUUCUCUUUAACUUCAAAUUCAUUAUUUUCCCUGCCAAAUAUUUUCUCCCCACUUGGUGUUAAGGCAUAAUUAUAAUCCACAGGAUUGUUUAAUGCUAUUUCAAUGGCCUUAUCGAUAUUUUCAGCUGUAAUAAAUUCCUUGGAUUCUUCUUUAACCUUUUUAACAUACUCCUCAGUUUUUUGUUUGUGUUCUUCUCGUUUUAUAUUUUCAACUUCUAUUCUCUUUCUGGCAAACUCUAAUUCAACUUCCAAGUUUUCUUGGGCACGUUUUUCACGCAAAACUUUUUGCUCUGCAUUCCAUUUAUCAUUAAUUUUAUUACACCU